UUUUAAGUUGCCUGAGUGCAGUGUGUUUUCUCGGACUUAAUAUGAUAAUAAAGACAAUUUAAUAUAAAAAUAUCAAUUGACAAAAAAAUACAUUAAUGACAAAAUUCUUGAAUUUCAUAAUUCAUAAAAAUUUAAACCAUUUUAUACAUAAUAAUAAAUUUUUGUUUAUAACCUGAAAACUUGAUUUGUUAUUUCUGGAAACACGUGUACUUUGAGUUGUAAACAGGGGUUCGACAAUUACACAGAAAAUUUAAAGGUGUCAACAGGAGACUGAUCAGUUAGUAUUACUACGAAUUAAAUCGAAUGAUAGUUUUUGAAGACACCAAUAAACCUGACGAAGCAUAAAAGUAAUAACCAGUUAUAAAACUUAACUACUAUAUUCAGUUUUUCACAAAGGACCUAAAACUUUUUAAAGUUUCGCGAAUUGAAUAAAUUAAUUAAUAUGAUAAAAACUAGUGAUUUAUCUGAUCAGUUGAUUGAUAAACAGACUCAAUUUGGUAACAGUCGAAUUUUGAGUCCUUCGGAUUCUAUUUUUGUUUUUAAAAAGACAGAAUCUGAUUAUGAAGAACGUUCUUCUGAUGAUGAGGUCGAUCUCAAACCUCUCAGAGAACCAGCCAAAAUUUUAUCACCAGCCCAGUCCACAGAAAAACGUAGAGCUGAAGAUUUAGAUGCUAGUAAAGAUUUAAAAAAGGCUAAAUUGGAAACGAAAGCUUUGAAAGCUAAGAGACCUGGAUUUACGGAUGAUCGUUAUAAUGAGACUAGUUAUUACAUCGAAAAUGGAUUGCGGAAAGUAUAUCCAUAUUACUUCACGUUUACCACAUUUACAAAAGGCCGUUGGGUUGGUGAAAAAAUUUUGGAAGUAUUUGCACGUGAGUUUCGAGCUCAUCCAGCAGAAGAAUACGAGAGAUGUAUCCGUGCUGGAACUCUAACAGUCAAUUAUCAAAGAGUAGAUGUUGACUACAAAUUGCGACACAAUGAUUUACUUGCUAACGUAGUUCACAGACACGAGGUCCCUGUCACCUCGGAGCCGAUCACGGUGAUACAUAUGGACGAGGACGUCGUCGUUGUCAACAAGCCUGCCUCCAUCCCUGUCCAUCCUUGUGGUCGUUAUCGGCACAAUACUGUUGUUUUUAUUCUGGCAAAAGAGUAUAACUUGAAGAAUUUACGCACUAUUCAUCGGCUGGACCGACUAACAAGUGGUAUCCUAUUGUUUGGACGCACUCCAAAGAAAGCCAGACAAAUGGAACACCAAAUUCGGAAUCGACAGGUUCAUAAACAAUACGUAUGCCGUGUAGAGGGUAAAUUUCUGGAUGACGAAGUAGUUUGUUCAGAAGCAAUCGAAGUGGUUUCCUAUAAAAUUGGAGUUUGUAAAGUAUCGCCAAAAGGCAAAGAUUGCAUUACCCGUUUUAAACGUUUAAGCUACAACGGGAAAACUUCAGUAGUUCUUUGCAAACCACAAACCGGCAGAAUGCAUCAAAUUCGUGUUCAUUUGCAGUAUCUCGGUUUUCCAGUUGUUAACGAUCCUUUAUAUAACCAUGUUGUUUUUGGACCUGAAAAAGGUAAAGGCGGUAACAUUGGUAAAACUGACGAAGAAUUGGUUAAGGACCUUAUUAAUAUUCAUAACGCUGAAAAUUGGCUUGGAAUGGACGGGGAUUCUGAAAUAAAUCUUUUCAAAUCGAAAUUAGAAAUAGAGGAUACUGUUUCUAAUUUAAAUACUGACAAAGAAGGAUUAUUAUUUCCAACAACUAAUUUUACGAAAGAGGAACAGAAUUUGUCGCAAGAGCAAAAAAAUUCGACUACUCUUAAAGUUACAGUGGGCACUCAAACAGGUUCAGAACCACCUGAUUCAACAUACACAGAUAAUAAACUCACUGUGGAUCCCCACUGUUAUGAAUGUAAGGUAAAAUACAGAGAUCCUAAGCCUUCAGAUUUAGUGAUGUAUCUCCAUGCUUGGCGAUAUUGCGGUCCAGGCUGGGAAUAUGAAACACCACUCCCUGCUUGGGCAGCGAGUGAUUGGACUGGUGAUGGUGAUCGAUAGUUAAUAAAUAACCAUCGUUCUCAAGUAAAAUUCAUAUCUUUUAAAAGUAACAGUACCUUCAUAUUCUUUUUAAAUGCUAUUCCGUGCCUUCCAUUCAUUAUAAUAAAACUUAAGGUUUGAAAAAUAUUAGGAUUAUGAUAAUAAGUUGAAGUCACUUGGGAUUCCAUAUUACGGACACUUUCGCAUUAUUCAAGUGUUUUACUAAAGUCACCAAGUCCUAAAGUUUUUAACAAGAUUAUAUUAUCCCGAGUAGUUAGAUUUGAUAAUGUGAAUUAUUAUCGUAAUAACUUAUUUGUAUGUAAUUCAUGUUAAUUAAAAUAAAUACAAAAACAAAAACAAUCAAGCAAAUUUCUCAUUCGAAUUUAAAGCAUCACAUGACCAAUCAAAUUACGAACCUUUUGAAUCUGAAAUAUUGUAGCUUCUGGUUCCAAAAUUAUAAGACCAAACACUUGCGUGCCAUAUCAUAAUUUUGUGUCUAAAUAGAUUAAGAAAAAGCUGAAU